GCUCUGGUCUCAAUGAUGGGCAGUGGCAUGAAGUUCGAUUCCUAGCUAAGGAAAAUUUUGCCGUCCUCACCAUAGAUGGAGACGAAGCUUCAGCUGUUCGAACAAACAGUCCUCUACAAGUUAAGACUGGCGAUAAAUAUUUCUUUGGAGGGUUUCCUGUGCAGAUGAAUGACUCGGAUCACUCGCUACUUCAACAUUCUUUUCAAGGAUGCAUGCAGUUUAUUCACGUGGAUGAUCAGCUAGUGGAUUUGCAUGCAGUGGAGCAAGGCCAGCUGGGAAGCUUUGCUAAUGUCACCAUUGACAUGUGUGCCAUUAUUGACAGGUGUGUGCCCAAUCACUGCGAGCACGGGGGAAAAUGCACCCAGACGUGGGACAGCUUCAAGUGCACUUGUGAUGGAACUGGAUACAGUGGCGCCACUUGUCAUAACUCUAUUUAUGAACUCUCUUGUGAAGCAUACAAGCACUUGGGCAAAACUUCAAAUUACUACUGGAUAGAUCCAGAUGGUAGUGGGGCACUGGGACCUUUGAAAGUUUACUGCAACAUGACAGAGGACAAAGUAUGGACAACUGUGUACCAUGAUCUGCAAAUGCAGACUUCUGUGGGAGGCAACAGCCUGGAGAAGUUAUCUGUACUGCAGCUCAACUACAGUGCAACAAUGGACCAGAUUUCUGCCAUUACCAGUAGUGCUGAAUACUGUGAGCAGUUUAUCUCCUACUCUUGCAAGAUGUCCCGGCUACUGAACACACCAGAAGGGAAUCCAUACACCUGGUGGGUUGGAAAAGCCAAUGAGAAGCACUACUAUUGGGGCGGAUCGGGACCUGGCAUUCAAAAAUGUGCCUGCGGCAUCGAACGCAACUGUACUGAUCCCAAGUACUACUGCAACUGUGAUGCUGAUUAUAAGCAAUGGAGAAAAGAUGCUGGGAUGUUGUCAUACAAAGAGCACCUGCCAGUGAGUCAGGUGGUGGUUGGAGACGUUGACCGGCCUGGGUCUGAAGCCAAGGUGUCUGUGGGUCCCGUGCGUUGUCAAGGAGAUCGGAAUUACUGGAAUGCAGCUUCUUUCGUUACUUCAUCGUCUUACCUCCACUUCUCCACCUUCCAAGGGGAAACCAGUGCGGACAUCUCUUUCUAUUUCAAGACAUCAGCCUCGGAUGGGGUGUUUCUCGAGAAUCUGGGUAACACCGACUUCAUCAAACUGGAGCUGAAAUCUGCUACAGAGGUCUCCUUUUCAUUCGACGUCGGAAACGGGCCGGUGGAAAUCGUCGUCAGGUCUCCCAGCCAGCUCAACGACGACCAGUGGCAUCGGGUCAACGCCGAGAGGAAUGUCAAGCAGGCCAGCCUGCAGGUAGACCAGCUGCCCCUGGAGGUGCGGAAAGCGCCGACAGAAGGACACACGCGGCUGGAAUUGUACAGCCAGCUCUACGUUGGUGCUGCAGGAGGCCAGCGAGGAUUCCUAGGCUGCAUUCGUUCAUUAAGGAUGAACGGGGUGACACUGGACCUGGAAGAGAGAGCAAAAGUGACACCAGGGGUGAAGCCUGGCUGCUCUGGCCACUGCACGAGCUACGGGAUGUACUGUGCAAAUGGAGGUAAAUGUGUCGAGAAAUACAACGGCUACUCCUGUGACUGCUCCAAAACUGCCUACGAUGGACCAUUUUGCAUAAAAGAUGUUGGAGCAUUUUUUGAAGAAGGAAUGUGGCUUCGUUACAACUUCCACUCCCCGGGAACCAGCAUGAAGGAUUUAGUUAGCCGAACACUUUUGAGUUCUACAGAUGCUGAGAUCACAGCAUCACCCGACCUCAACUUGAAUAAAGAAGAGCUCAGCUUCAGCUUCAGUACCACCAAGUCCCCUUGUGUCCUAUUGUACAUCAGCUCCUAUACCCAGGACUUCAUGGCUGUGCUUGUGAAGCCAACUGGGAGUCUGCAGAUUCGGUACAGCCUCGGAGGCACCAAAGAGCCCUACAACAUCGAUAUUGACCACAGAAACAUGGCUAAUGGACAGCCCCACACUGUCAACAUCACACGGAAUGGACGGGACAUCGUACUGCAGCUUGAUCACUAUCCUCCAACAAGUUACAGCCUGCCAGCCACAUCUGACAUUCAGUUCAAUUCCCCAAAGGCACUCUUCCUAGGAAAAGUUAUAGAAAUUGGGAAGAUUGACCAAGAUAUAUAUAAAUACAACACCCCAGGAUUCACCGGCUGUCUAUCAAGAGUGCAGUUCAACCAGAUUGCUCCACUCAAAGCAGCUCUGAGACCUACCAACGCCUCCUCUCACGUUCACAUCCAAGGAGAACUGGUAGAAUCCAACUGCGGGGCAUCUCCACUCACCAUCCCACCAAUGUCGGCCGCUACCGACCCAUGGCACUUAGACUCAGCGAGUGCUGAUUUCCCAUACAACGGUCAAGCUAUAGGAGAUGGAGUUAACAGGAACUCUGCUAUUAUUGGAGGCGUCAUCGCAGUGGUGAUCUUCACCAUCCUCUGCACCUUGGUGUUCCUGAUCCGCUACAUGUUUCGCCACAAGGGAACCUAUCACACCAACGAGGCCAAAGGGGCAGAGUCAGCCGAGAGCGCCGACGCCGCCAUCAUGAACAAUGACCCCAACUUCACGGAGACCAUAGACGAGAGCAAAAAGGAAUGGCUUAUCUAAGCCUGCGGGGAGGGGGCCUGGGGUGGGAUAUGAGCUGGGCCAGGGUGGGACUGGGAUGACUCUUGCAGUGGAGAGAGAACACUCUGUGUUGGACGCUUGAGCACACAUAGGGUAAAAAGAUCAGCACAACUGGUGGAGCAAGUGACAGGAAAAUACCACUGAGACUGGAGAAAAAAAAAAAUAGUAUCUCAAGCAUUUAAGAAAAAAAAUAUUUUUUAAUAUUUAUUUACAGCAAAUUGCCCCUUCUGUAUCCAAACAACUACGACAAAGAGCAGUUUUGCAGCUUCAGCACUGGUUAAAAUUUUCAGUAAUACCUGUCUAUUUCUCUGUGUGUUUAGAGAUGUUCUGGGUACUUGUGACAAGAAACGGGGCUGGUUUUUUACAUUUUUUAAAAGCUGUUUAAAAUGUGGGUAGUUCUGUCCUGACAGCAAGUGGCAGUCCUUUCUUCCCAGCAUUGUGUUCCUUCAUGGCUGACCACUUUCUCACACACUGCCCUCAGCCCCACACCUUGACCAUAAGACCAUUCAUUUUAGUGGUGUUGAUCAGGGGGGUUCGGGGCUGGGGGUGGGACAGGGGCGUGAGGACUAAGGCAAAUCUUACUCACCAGUGUCUCAACACAUCAUCAACCCAUGUCAUCCCUGGCAGGACCCACCUUCUUGACCCAGGCACUUUGUGGAUUGCGUGCAAUUGUCAUCAACAAUGUAAAAAUAUUUUUAUUACGACUACUAUUACUACUAGAGAGGACGACCGUAAAGCACAGGAAGCUGUAGGUGGUUUUUUUUAUUAUUAUUUUGUUGGUCUCUGAGGGAGGAUGAUGCUGUGUGAGUCUGUAGACCUAAUCUGUUCCUGUAUCUUUGGCUGUGGCACUGGUGACCUGAGGCAUGUGCCAGUUAAACUUGGCUCUGCCUGUGGCAUCUUGGCAUAUACUGUACACUGUAGUAGGGAAUUAGAGCCGGUCUUUGCUUCUGUUUCUUCUUAAUAGACUGUCAUAGAAUAAUUAGUACAGGUCUAGUCCAUGCAUUUAAACACACAGGCUUCACAUCAUACUUUUUUCCCAACUCAAGAGUAGCAAGUUAUUCCUUAAAUCCCUUGUUUCAGUCCCUUUGCAAGGAAAGCCUUUGCUGCCAGUGUUUGCACAGUCAGGAAGGUGAGGCGAAGGAGGCUUGGAAACUCUGCCACCAGAGCACAUGAGAAACACACAGCACACAAGGCAGAGUUACUUCUCAGCACAGAGAUUUGCCUGAACUAUUUUACUGUCUUUGUAAGGCAUUUUUAAAAAUAGCAAGGCCAAGUACAACAAUGCAUCCCAUUUUCCCUGUCAGACCACAGAAGUUGCAGGUGUUGCCUGAGCAGCAGGCAGGCAGCUAGUAGGAAAGGCAGAAGGGCAGCCUGAAGACCUAAUAUCCUUUGGUGGCAAUAACAAAGCUUUAGUUUGCCCUCUGUAGAGGAGAGUGGUUCUCCUGUGGUCUGAAGGAAUUUAAGGCCUUAAUGGGCAGGUAUUGCAGCAGAACAGAAUGACAGAAUGAAUACACUGCAGGACAAUUGCCAUGUGUUAAAAGAACAGAAACAAUACCAAGAAUUUCCUCUUAAAAGUUUCUAUGCUUGUGACAGUCCUAGAUUUGCUUUAUCUUUAAUAUUGCUGAGUUUAGUAUGCACAGAUUUAACCCAUUUUUCUGUACAAGAAAGUUUAUUUUUCACCUAAAUGUGCAGUCUACUACACUUCCAUUAUUCUGGUUGAUGCUUUAAAAUGAAAA